AUGUCAUUGGCUGCACUGCACGUCUUGGCUACAUGUGCCACCCACUCAUGCCUACGCCUGUGGGGCACCUCGUUCUUCUCGCCAACGCCAUUCGCAGCAUUUCUGGAUGGUGGUACUUCGGCACGCAGCCCACUCGACCUCGCCGAGGCCGUCGGAUUCGACCGAGCAGUUUCGAAACAAUCCGCAAAGACCAGUCGCUUCGACCAGAGUGCGUAUCGCAGUUUUGGGCCAGCCGCCAGCAAGGCCAGAAAAUUGGCCGGGCUCUGGUCUGGUUAA